CUCCUGGUUUCCAGCCUGGUGCCUUAACCACUAGACCACACGGGCUCUCAAACUUGCAUGGCAUUUACUGAAAUCGAUCAAGGGCAAGAAGCCUUUCCAAAUGAAGUGACACUCUCCAGAUUGAGACUCCGAGUUCUUCCACUUGAAGUCCUACAAAAUAGCAGUAUAGAGAGCCUGAAUUUGGACCGGAACAAGUUGAAACAUAUCACUGGGAUUUCACACCUUUGCAACCUGAAAAAACUGAUUUUGUCUAAAAAUGCUAUGACAGACUUUCCAGUGGAAAUCCAGAACUUGAUCCAUCUGGAGAAGCUUGAACUCAAUCAGAACCAAAUCCGAGAUAUCCCAGAGGGAGUCUUCUCUUCUCUCCCUAAGUUAAAACAUCUCCGACUUAACAACAACCGCUUAGACAGUCUUCCCAAUGAUCUAGCUGCCUGUCGUGACUGUCUCCAGUAUUUAAACUUGUCCACAAACUUAUUCCAAGCCAUCCCUCUAGUAGUCUUGGAGUUAAAAAACUUGCAAGAAUUCUACGUGCAAAAUAAUUUUUUGCACCAGCUUCCCAUAGAAAUGUUCAAAGAGCUGCCCCUGAAGAUGUUCAAGGUAAAUGGGAACUCACUGAGGGAACCCCCAGUUGAAGUAUGCGCAGGGGGUAUCAGACAGAUCAUCAGCUAUUUCAAUCAGCUGCAGAACGGCCAAGCAGAGGAGGACAAGCGGGUCAAGACAAUGUUUUUGGGGACAUCCUUAGCAGGAAAGUCUACAAUCUGCAAAAGCUUAAAGCAGGGACAAAUUGUUCGAGUGUCGGAGGAAGAGCGGACUGUUGGAAUUGACAUAAGUGAGUUCCAUUUCCAAGGCUUCACCUUUCUCUUUUGGGAUUUUGCUGGCCAGCUGGAAUACUAUGUGACCCACCAUAUGUUCAUUACUUCACAGGCCCUUGUCAUCUUGGUCAUUAACUUUCACCAGUACCAGCUUACCAAUGACUCCUUCAAGGAUCUUGUUGGAUUUUGGAUUAGCAACCUCUUUAUGCGAGUGCCAAACUCUGUAGUCCUUCCUGUUGGAACUCACAUAGAUGAAUGUUCUGAGGAGGAGGUUGAAGAAAAGAAAAAGGACAUCAUGCGCAAGAUACAGACCAUGCUGGAGGAGAGACAGAUCAACCUAGCUCACCUUAUUGCUAACCUGGAAGACAAUGAGGAGUCUGAGUUCUAUGAGGACCAGUGGACUCGACUGAAAGAAAUGGAAAACUGCACCCUUACAAUUCUAGAUCUUGUUCCUGUCAACUGCAUGGAUUACCUGGACAUUAAAACACUUGAAGGAACAAUCUUGGAGCACGUCAAGAAUGAAAAGCUAUUCCCCAAUAUCAUCCAAGUGCUUCCCCCUAUUUAUAAACAAGUAGAAGCAGCAAUUGUGGAUAUGAUGCAAAACAAUGAAGAAAUGACUGAACAUGGGAUGGUGAACUUCAGUCUUUUAUGUAGCAAGCUCUCCUGCCAGUAUCACUUGGUCCACUUGGAUAGAGAACUUCUACAGGAUAUUUUGAGAUACCUUCAUCGCAUUGGAUUAAUUGUAUGGUAUGAAAAGAUCAAGCAGCUGGAAGGCACGGUGUUCCUCCGUCCAACGAUUCUGAUCACUCUCUUCAAAACUCUUGUGAGGCAUGGCCUAAUGCAACAGCUGGAGAGCAUUUCUGUGGACAUCUUGAUAGGAGAACAUGCCACCAUCCGAGACCAGGCCAACUGGGUGCUGACAUUUAAAUCCAAAGCCAUGCUAUGCCAGAAAGCCAUGAGAGCUUUGCUUAAGCACCAGCUUUCUUUAGACAACAUGGUAGACAUCUUUGAGGAAAUGGUGGGAAGCAGAUUCCAGAAGGGGAAACUCUUCAGCCUGCUAGAGCACUUUGAGAUCUGCCUGGAGAUCAGAAAUGUACAAGGGCUUAAUCCUAGAGCCAAAGCAUUUGUGCCUGGGAAGCCAUGGGAAACUCUGCAAAGCCAGGACAAGGACACAUGCUACUUAUUUCCUAACUAUCUCAAUCAAAGUCAGGAGGUUUCGGCAAUGUGGGGAAAAGAUCACCCAGAGGACCUGCAUAUUCACCUGUACUUUUCUCCUGAGAUCCCGGAGGGCUUCUUCCAAAGACUCAUGGUGAAAGCUUGCUCCUUCUAUUCGACUUACUGGGUUGCUAAAGCAAUCUGUCUGCUCAUAUGUAGUGGCACACCUUUACUGAUCAAGGCAAACAACCAAAAAGGUUACAGCUAUAUUGAACUCAGGUGCAGAAAGCCAGCGGAGAGAGACAGAUUCCAGUUAACCUGGGAUUUUAUUAUGACAAUCAUCUCCAUCAACCAAAACCUCCUGGAAGAAUGGCCUGGGCUCCAUCUUUGCAUAAAGGCACCCUGCCGGACAGUUGGAUGUCUUGCCGAAUUUGUCUGGCCAGAUCUGGAUGACAAGACCACCAUGUUCAAAGAAGACAUUAAAACUUGUGGAAUUUGUGCCCAUCAGUUUGAAACAGAGCUCCUGUUACCCAAAGUCCCAGACAAACCAAGCAGAACUGAGGCUCCUGCACAGUAUUAUAUCACCAGCUAUGGGAAUGCUACCUUUGGAACCAGCACUGUCCAUGUGGAAAGACAGAGCAUCUUGGAUAAAUGAAAACAGCCAUGAAAGACAAAUCACUGGCCAACAUCAUUCCCGCCAAUGUCGUUUCAGGAUCAGUUCAAAUAAAAAACUUACUUCUUAAACUUAUGUGGAA